AUGGCGACAAACGAACUCAAGAUGGACGACUACCCAGCUCACUGGAAAGCCACCCUCAUGGGAGAAGCGUUCUGGAAAGACGCUGAAGAGUUCAACCAGCCCAUCAGUGAUAGUAUUGACGCGAAUUCCCACCCUCCUCUUCUUUCCAGAUUCCCCUUCAACAUCGGCUCCGAACAACCUGCCAGCUCUUAUCAUCACCAUUAUCCUCAUUGUCAAGAUCCUCAACAACAGUCCCCCCAACUCGCAGAACAACCUGAAAAGCGCCACCGACGCUUCAGCACCAGCGACGCUCUCCGAUCCUUCGCGUCAAGAGCAUCAAGCCCGUUCCCUCCUACAUCUCGCGCCUUCGACCUGCGCCGGGGCCGCUCUCAAACCCGUCCAGCAUCCCCGUCUAGACCGCGUCGAUCGAGCUCCAUUCUCCGCUCCACGUUCAACAUGCUGAGUAGUAAGGCUCCGGAGUCUGUGGAUGCUUCCCCUGAGCCGAGAAAGAGUGCUCGCAUCCCGGCUAACCAGGCGACUCCUAUUCAUCCACUUGAGGGCUUCCGUGGCGGAGAGACUUGGGCGUUGCUUGAUAAGGGAAGACGGAGUUUGGGCUUGGAUUUGUUUUUGCCUGUUGACGUGCUGAAGGAGGAAGAAGAUGCAGCAGCAGCGAAGAAAGCAGAAGGUGAGACAGGGCAACAGGAGGACGAGGCAUCUGAGCCCGAUAUCAUCCAACGAGCCGCGUUUGAGAUCCUGCCCAGCAAAGAGCUCGAGCCACUGAACCAGUUCCGUAAGUUACGGAUGCUGAAAAUCACGAGCAUGAUACAGUCGUAUCAGAAGGAGAUCUGGCAGGCUGCGUGGCUGAACGUCGAGUUGGAGGAGCUGGAGUUGGAAAUGGUUUCGCAGCCGCGGAUUCGGCGUCCGUAUGUGGACCAUUGGCCGUAUAUCAAAGGCGGUUGGAAGAUGAGUAAAGAGGUGUAUGGGGAGCCUGUUUACUAUGGCACCGACAUGAGCACUGGGGUCCUCCACCGCAAAGUCGGCCGCGGCGAAUAUCUCGACAAAAUCCUCAUGGAAAAAGCCAAGAUCUGCGCACUCGCCGUCGGCCGCUGCCGACAGCGCCUCUCGAUCAAGACCCUCCGACUAACCGGGUUCGUUGUCGACGCAGACCCCUUCCUGCACUGGUUCGACCCGAAGCGUCUCAAGACGAUCGAAUUCAAAGACUACUGCGUGGACGCGGGGUUCUAUCUCUCGGUGCCGAUGGCAAAAGUCUCGGUGCUGUUUCCGCGCGAGGUCAACAAUGACACCGCUGUUGUCGCGGUGCGUGCGGUCUCCAUGUACAAGGAUUUGAAGGUCGUUCGGUUCGAGGGGGGAAAGAAAGUGGGUGAGAUUCCGUAUCGUGGACCGGAUAGUUUGAAGGAGGAGAUUCCGCGGAAUCUGGUCCCGGGGGAGCUGAAGGGCGAGGUUGAUGAGGAUAUUGAAAUCGACUGA